CUAUCGGAGCCCAGGACAUCUGCACCAUGGGCUGACUUACUAUACUUGUGCCUCUGACUCUUUCGGUUCUCUCUGACUGCCCUGUCUCUCCCUCUCUCGCUCGUCCACCUUCAAUGGCUUCUACGAAUGGGAAAGCAAAGUGGUGUUCGUGAUUCGUGUUAACAGUGCGGGAAAAAUCUAAAAGAGGUGGUAUGCGUCUGCGCAGUUGUAUAGGUAUUAGUUUGGCGUUCUUCAUCUAGGGGCGAACUUUCGUGGACCGAACACUCGUAACUUCAGUGGUGAUUACAAUGCAUAGGAUGAGGGUUUCUUGAACGCCAUAUACAUGUGUACGCAUACUAUCAUCCUCAAAGGCUUUUUCCAAAAGGUUCAUUCUCGGAACGAGACACUUCAUCUGGGUAAUGGCACCCCGCGUGCAAUGUUGAACAAGCGUCUCGGAGGAAUGUUUUUGACUCUCUGAGGACAUUUUCUACAUUCUCCAGAUUCUCGACAGAUCCUUCAACUAAGGAGAGGAAAAUGAAGGCCACAAAGCCCAGACGGACAUUCCGUUGGAAUAGACGAAACCUGUUUUGGGUUCAUGUGUUGAUUAUCAAGGUAAUGAUAAUGGACUCGAGAGCCGCGGUAGUUCCUGUCUGUCCGCCUCCAGGGAACAACGCCUCCACCGGCGGCCUGGAGUCUUCGUUCUGUCAGUGUAACCUGGAAACGGUGAUGAGUGGUACCCAGGUCUCCAUCUCCUGCACCUUCAGCAACCAGGAGGACGUCGAGUUAACAGAAGAUCUCUAUCCCUUUCAAAAACGCAACUUAGUCCAAGCUCGGGUGUUGGUCAGGAACGCCACCAGCGUCAGGGUCACUGAGGGAUUCCUGCGAAGUCUCCAGUCCGCUCCUUCGGCGGUCUUGGAUGUUUGGAGAGGAGGUCAACUCAUUUUCGAUUCCAGCCCGCAAGUACAAAGGAAUUUUGUCGACGUCUUCAAUACUUAUCUGGGUGUUGGAAUCAUCAGGUGCAAUGUGCCUUCUUUACCGAAGCGUCUCUUCCGUGACAGGAAGGUAGUCGGUCUGCUAAUUAAAGGAAGUCGGGUAGACAAAAUAAGUCGAGAGAUAUUGUACAACAUAAACAAGGUGAAGUACAUCAAGAUUACAGACUCCCAGGUGGGAAUCGUGGAUGGGCCCAUAUCGAAUGGGGUGUCGAUUCCUCUGCUUCCAAGGGCUGAUGAUUCUGACGAUAAGUGGCAGGGAUUCGAAAUCUCCAACUCUACAAUUGCCCACAUUGCUCCCGGAUCCUUCAGUUUCAAGAAUGAGGAGGACUCUGAAACAACUUGGAAGAUGACAAACAGCCAGCUGAACCACGUCGAGACAGGGGCUAUCACUGCCACGGGGAAUCUUGACGUCACUUUUCGUGGGAACUCCUUCGGAAUGAUGCACAGAUAUGCUCUCAUGGUGAACGCUACAGGCGACACCGUGUUUGAGGAGAACGUCGUAGAUCGACUGGAGCCGGACGGUCUGAAGAUGUUCUUGUGUGGCAGCAAGAACAUUUCGAUGACCAAGAACACCGUCCACAUGGAGUCUCCCCACGACCAGCCCUACAACUCCUCUACUAUGCCCUUUCACCCCUCCUGUGGGAAGGUUCAGGUCUUCGUGGUCAUGAGUCCUCCGCAGCCCCAAACUCUGCAAAAAACGAGCAACGCGACCUGGGUCCUGUUGGCGAUCAUCAUACUCAUCGUGUCCCUGGUGACUGCUGUAGGAGUGUUCAUCUACAGAAACAAGGCGUACCUCCGAGAGUACAGAAGGGGAGAAACGCCCUACACGAUAGGGCUGGAGAGGACCACCAUGCAGGAACUACGCGACAAUAACGAACCUGAAACCGAGGAAGAGGACGUAGAGGAGACGGGACUGACCAACCCGGUGUACGGCAUCAAGGAGCCUAGUUAAGAGACCGUCUCGGUCGUCAUGGAAAGGCAGGAAGUUGGAGUUAGGAAGUUGAUCACCCACAGUUGUUUUUUUUCUUCUUUUCUUUUUAUUGUCACCGCGCCCGUUGGCGUUCUCUUUAGAACUAAGCUGUAAAUAUUCAGACUUUCGUUAAUGGCUAAUACUCAGUGAAUUCUGUCAAG